CCACCUUUAAAUGCAAUCGCUUGCAUUGUGUGUCGACAGCACGCAGCUAUCAGUGCACUCAUCAGAAAAAAAAAAAAAGUUGUGAUGCCCAACUUCUGCAAGUCAGGUUGCGUUUUCGCACCGGAAAGCAUGCGCUCUGCAGCCGCGGAGCGUUUCUAUUGGCCCAUCUUCCUCCUACUGUGACAGUACUGGAUCAACGCAUGGCAUUUUUCCCCCUCCACUCUUGACAUAUAAAGGCGUUUUUUUUGGGGGGGGAGUUCGCAGACAGUUUUCUUGGGGGGGAGGAAGGGGGAGAAAGGAGCAUGUAGGUCCAAACUUAUGGUGAUUCUUCCUGCUGUUUCCAUGCGUAUUUCUUCUCCUCCUCCUCCUCCUCCUCCUCAUCCUUCUCCAGAGCUUUGGGCGAUUUUGUGGAUUGUGUUCCAAUUCAGUGCGAUGGGCUGCAUCCAGAGCAUCAAGUGUAAGCCCAAGAGUUUCCGAGACAGCGUCAUCGUCCUGGAGCUGAACACGUCCAUCGACCCCAAGCCCACCAGCAUCGACGAGACGUCCAGCGUGGUCCUGCGCUACCGGACGCCGCACUUCCGAGCUCACGCGCGGCUCCUGGUGCCGCCCAUGGCGGCCAAAGAGACGUGGACCAUCGGCUGGAUCCAGGCGUGUAACCACAUGGAGUUCUACAACACCUACGUGGACAAAGGGAUGUCAAGUUGGGAGCUUCCCGACCUGCGAGACGGGAAGAUCCAGGCCAUCAGCGACUCGGAUGGCGUCAACUACCCGUGGUACGGCAACACGACAGAGACCUGCACGGUGGUGGGGCCCACCAAGAAGGACAGCAAGUUCACAGUCAGCAUGAACGACAAUUUUUACCCCAGCGUCACCUGGGGAGUACCGGUCAGCGACAGCAACGUGCCUCUGCUCAGCAGCAUCCAACGUGACCAGAGCUUUACCACCUGGCUGGUCGCCAUCAACCAAGCCACCUCAGAGACAGUGGUCCUGCGGACAAUCCGCUGGAGGAUGCAGCUUCACAUUCAGGUGGACCCGGAGAAGCCUCUGGGUCAGCGGGCCGUCUUAAAGGAGCCCGUGGCCCAGGAGCAGCCUCAGAUACUGGGCAAGAACGAGCCCAUCCCCCCCAACGCCAUGGUGAAGCCCAACGCCAAUGACGCCCAGGUGCUUAUGUGGCGGCCAAAGAAAGGUGAUCCCGUGGUGGUCAUCCCGUCUAAAUACUGACCCGCUCCUCCGACCAGACCGGCCUUUUGUUUUCCGGCUCCAUCUCAUCUCUUAUCUAUAUAUAUAUAUAUUUUUUUUACUUUUCACUCUCCGUAUUUCACAACCUCUCAGUGCUUUAAUCCAUUUGUAACGCUCCUUUUUCCUGCGUUUUUUUUGCCUCUAUAAUCCUCUCCUGCGUUGGUGAAGAAACACUGACAGGACACGGGGAAAAAAGGGGGGCAGGUGAAAACCACGGCAGAGGAAAAGGGGCCAGACGUUCCUUUGCGAGAAGAAAUUUACCGCGAUUGACUGCAACCAUUCUACCUUCAAACAUAUAGGUCGGGUCUCACUGUGCUGAAAUGCAAAAAUGAACAAAAAGCAGUGUUUUAGUUUUAGUUUUAACGCUGUGGCUGUCUGAGCCAGCUGACUGUGACUGUGGGAGAGGUUAAGCAGCGCCUGAUCAUGUCUGCGCACACGCUGUGUACCAAUACCAGUGGUAUUUUUUUUUUUAAACUUAUUAUUAUUAUUAUUUAUAGGCUGGAAGAGAGUGCAUUCACUUGUGUUUUAUGUCGUUUGGUUAUAUACAUGACAAAUUUGCAAAGAGUGACUUCGAUUUUAGUCAUUUUUUUAAAGGAAUUCUAGACAUUCAAUCCAUGCUGCCUUAAGUUUACAUCGCUUUCCACUGCAAACGUUUUUCGCCUUAAAACAAAAAAAAAAAAAAGUGCAAUGCAGUUUAUUCAGUUGUUUGUCCAAAAAUCUUCCAGACUCUCGGUGCUGGCACGUGUGGGUUUAGGACCGGAAGCGGAGCACGGGCGGGAAAACCGGGUUUCAGUUUAGAAUCCGUCAGGGCUGGUGAAGAUCCGACAUCUAGCGCCAGGCGUUAGGAGCAGAAACUGUUAUACAAUCAAACUAACUCGGCGCGUUGCGUUUCGAGGGCGUUAUGCAACACGAGGGACGCUCUGUGAAGUCUUCGUUAUUACCAAGCACUGUAAACUACAAGAACAUCUGGAGAAGAAUCAAGUAAAAGCACAGUUGACCUCAUUUUUAGUCACUUUAUUCUGCUGGUAGGUUAUUGUAGGAAAGGCUGCAUCGCUCCAUCUCAGGGCCUUCAUUUUCCUCCCCUGCCUUGUUUUUGUCCAUCUUCUCUCCCAAACUUCUUCUUGCCACUUUAGUUGUGUCCAUGGCUUACGCCGGACAUAAAUCAACGCAUCCUUUUUAUAUUCCGUCGUUAUUGAGAGACUCUUCUCCAACAGUGUCUUCCACCUCCCCUUUCCCACUUUUUUUUCUCUCUCCGCCAUGGAGGCUGAAAAGCAAACAGGAAGCGGGCGCGUUUAAUGCCGACCGCUCGGCUGGCAUAUAGAUGACCCACUUCUCUUCUCUGCCAGUCGCAGCUCUCGCUGCACGCGGGGCCUGUCCCCCCCCCUUCCUUUUACCGCCAGCCAGAGCAGCGCAGGCACACAUGCAUGACUAAAGAGCUCUGGACAGCUAAAUAUCAGGGCCCACCAACCCAACGCUCACUUGUCGAGAAGACUUCAAAAUUAAAGCUGGAAUUGACAUCAGGAAUUUUCACCCUCCUUCAAGCCAAAGACAGAUUAUUGUUUUCUUUCUAAAUUUUUGUCCCGCCAGACACGCUGAAAACGUGUAAGGCGUACUCGUUUGUAUAUCCAACUUCAGAUUUGAAUGCAAACCUUGGUGAAAAUUGAAUGAAAACCGUGACAUUUGCAUCAUAUCAGUAUUGUAGAUCUGAAGCUACCAUCAGAAAAUGGAACGUUGCACUGGUAUUGCCCCCCCCC